GUAGCAUUCAAUCUAACUUGUAGUUACUAGGUAUUCAAGUUAUCUUGGCCUCUACCUGCUGGAUAAGUUCGGUACCACAUUUACCAAACGGCGCCAUAUUAGAUAAGCAUUAUAUUGCUGCGGACGAAGUCAAGGAAGGGGAACAGUGCUCCAGAUGACAAGGCGUCGUCCGAGGCGUCUUGUUUUCGUCGUUGUUUAGCUAACCUGCCGGCAAACAUGACUUCAUUGACCCAGCGGAGUUCGGGCCUCGUGCAGAGGCGGACCGAAGCCUCUCGCAACGCCGCUGACAAAGACCGUCCAUCCGGCGAGGAGGACCAUGAGCCCCGACGGGGAGACGAGCAGGAAGAUGACGAUACCGGAGACUCCAAAGAAACACGUCUCACCUUGAUGGAAGAAGUGCUGUUGUUAGGACUGAAGGACCGAGAGGGGUAUACCUCGUUCUGGAAUGACUGCAUUUCAUCAGGGUUGAGAGGGUGCAUGCUGAUUGAACUGGCCCUGCGAGGACGCCUCCAGCUGGAGGCUUGUGGCAUGAGGAGAAAAGGUCUGCUGGCCAGGAAGGUAAUUUGUAAGUCAGAUGCUCCAACAGGUGACGUGCUCCUGGAUGAAGCCCUAAAACACAUCAAAGACACCCAACCACCGGAGACCGUGCAGAGCUGGAUUGAACUGCUUAGUGGGGAGACGUGGAACCCCCUGAAACUUCAUUAUCAACUACGGAACGUUCGCGAACGGCUGGCCAAAAACUUGGUAGAAAAAGGCGUACUCACUACUGAGAAGCAGAACUUCCUGCUUUUUGAUAUGACCACACAUCCUCUGACCAACAAUAACAUCAAGCAGCGCCUCAUCAAGAAGGUCCAGGAGGCUGUACUGGACAAGUGGGUGAAUGACCCUCAUCGAAUGGAAAAGCGGCUCCUUGCGCUCAUCUUCUUAGCCCAUUCUUCUGAUGUCCUGGAAAAUGCUUUUGCCCCACUGCUAGACGACCAAUACGACCUGGCCAUGAAGAGAGUGCGGCAGCUGCUGGAACUGGAGCCUGAAGGGGAGAGCAUGAAGGCCAGCACCAAUGAGCUGUUAUGGGCUGUGGUGGCCGCCUUCACCAAAUGAGGCUACGGAAAAAGCGGACAGCAAGCGGUUGUGGCAUUCAAAUGGCAUUGUAUGUUGGGGUGGGAAUCAAAGUACUGGCCCCAACAUGGUGACUUGACUAAAAUACAGUUUACCCCUGCCUGGACUUUUGGAAUGGGCUGCCCUCUUUUCUUGUUCCUCUACCCACUUAAUUCUCUUUUCCUUCCAGAUAACUGUCCUUGUUUAUCCUUCAUGGCCCAUUUCCCCCCAUGUGUCAUUUAUGUGUUCAUUUUUGCUAAAAAAAAAAAAAAAA